AUGGCGGCGGCGGGGAGGGGGGACAGUAGUUUUAGAGUAGACACCUGCCCUUGGCUCAGAGAAGGUAUCACUUGGAAUGACCAGAGAAAGGCUGGACUUUUUACAAAUGACUUUUGUCAUAUUUGUGGAGUGGUGCUACAGUUCGAAUCUCAAAGGAUUUCCCAUUAUAAGAGUGAAAAGCAUGCUCAAAAUGUGAGAUUUUAUUUUCAAAUGUGUUGGGAACAAAAGGAAAUACCUGGUAAGAAAAGCAAGAUGUAUGUUGAGAGGUUCCAGAUGCAUGAGAAUGACGUAGUGGACAGAAACAAAUUUUGUGAUCCCUGCAACAUGAUUUUUAGCUCCUCAGUUGUUGCUCGUUCUCACUGUGAGGGGAAGAUACAUGCUAAAACACGGAGACAAUUAAUGGAAGAAUGCAAUCAAGUAUCUCCAUCAGGAUUUCAACCAAUGAUGACAGUUCAUAUGCGUACUUACGUAUGUCGUAUUUGCCGUAUCAUCUUUACAUCUCUGAAUAUGUUCCGGUCUCACAUGCAAGGAAGUGAGCAUCAAAUUAAAGAAUCCUUUGUAAUCAACCUAGUGAAGAAUUCAAAGAAGAUCCAAAAUCAUUACCAAGAUGAAUAUGCAGAUUCCAUCAAAAUACAGAAAUCCAGAGAACUAGACUCCACAACUUGUUUCAGAAAGAUGGAAGAUAGUUCUUUGGAAACCCAUGGGUACAGAGAAGUUGAUUCCAGACCCAGAUAUAAAAUGUUAGAACAAAAAAUCCCAUUUGAGCCUUUCCAGACAUACUCGGGACCAUACAAUAAUCCACAAGCACUAGAAAACCAGUUACCUCAUCACUUACCAGCUCAUUCAGAGACACAUGACUCUUUCCAAGAUGAACUUGAAGAUUACAUCAAGGUUCAGAAAGCCAGAGGUCUAGAGCCCAAAACUUGUUUUAGAAAUAUGGGAGAAAACCUUAUGAACCAUGACUAUAGAGAAAUAAUGGAUUCUGGACCCAAACAAAGAAUGGGUCAGCAAAGAUGUGACACUUUCCAUACCUACCAACAACAAUAUGAUACAUUACCACUGGAAGGCUAUUUACCUCAGUGGUUAACAUCUCAUUCAAACAAGACAAAUGACUCUUUCCAAAAUGAAUUUGAAGAUGACAUUGAAAUGCAGAAAGUCAGAGGACUACAGUCAGAGACUUGUUUUAGAAAAAUAGUCAGUAUCUCUAUGGAAACUCAUAAGUAUGGAGAAAUGGUUGAUAACAGACCCAAACAAAGAAUGUUUGAACAAAGACAUCCAUUUGAGACUUUCCAACCCUACAUGGGACCAUAUAAUAGUUCACAAGAUGUGAAAAACCAGUUACCUCAUUCAUUACCUGUUCUUGACAGCAAAAGGAGACAAGAAUCUGUGAAUCAUCAUCAGUACAUUAGAGAAUACUCAGAAAAACCAGUACCUCUCAGCCUUAGUCAGCAUGAAAAUAACUCUGGCUCACACAGUGUAGAAUGUGAAGUUUACAAGCACCUCUCCUUAGAAAACGAUAUGCAUGACCGUCAAGGAAGUCAUAAGCACAGACAUCAGAAGAGAAAACGACACUCAGGGGAAAGCAAAGGAAGGCCAGAGAAGGAGCAAUCCAAACAUAGAAGGAAAAAGAGCUAUAAGGAUGUGGAUUUAGACAAAGACAAGAGCAUCAAACAAAAUAAAAGAGGGGAAUAUAAAGUCAAGAUCAGUUCAGGAAAGCUUAAGCAUCGAAAAAAGAAAAAAAGUCAUGAUGCAUCCUCUGAGAAAGAACGGAAGCACAAAAGAGAGAAAAAGAAAUACAUUGAAGAAAGGACAGAAGAAGAAAUACUUUGGGAUGAGUCAAUUCUCGGAUUUUGA